GUUACUUAUUUCUGACUUGAUGCCUUAAAUACAUCCCCUGUGGCAACUGCGGGAUAGUUGAUCAGUGGUUGUCCUUCCUACAAGUUGGUUGUGGGGAAGAAAAGCAUCUGAUAAACAUCUGCAAACAACUGCAGACGCUCCUGCCUCCCUGCACGCAGGGGGUUGUUUGUUGUCCCUUACUGCCCGACUUUGGAGGAGCAUGGAGAAGUAUGAGAAGAUAGGGAAGAUCGGCGAGGGCUCGUAUGGCGUCGUCUUCAAGUGCAGAAACAAGGACACUGGACAGAUCGUUGCUAUCAAGAAGUUUAUGGAGUCUGAGGAUGAUCCCAUCAUCAAAAAGAUCGCACUGAGGGAGAUCAGGAUGCUCAAGCAACUGAAGCACACCAACCUGGUGAAUCUGAUCGAAGUGUUCAGACGAAAACGGAAGCUUCACCUGGUGUUUGAAUACUGUGAUCACACAGUCCUUAAUGAGCUGGACCGCCAUCCAGCAGGCAUCCCGGAGCACCUCGUCAAAAGUAUAACCUGGCAGACCCUUCAAGCCGUCAAUUUCUGUCACAAACAAAAAUGUAUUCACAGAGACGUCAAGCCAGAAAACAUCCUCAUUACCAAACACCAAGUCAUCAAACUCUGUGACUUCGGCUUUGCCAGGAUUCUCACGGGACCAUGUGACUACUACACAGACUACGUGGCGACUCGCUGGUAUCGGGCCCCGGAGCUGCUGGUGGGGGACACUCAGUAUGGUCCCCCGGUGGAUGUGUGGGCGAUCGGGUGUGUGUUUGCAGAGCUGCUCUCGGGGAUUUCUCUGUGGCCCGGGAAGUCCGACAUGGACCAGCUUUACCUGAUCAGGAAGACUCUUGGAGAUCUAAUCCCUCGACACCAGCAGGUCUUCAGCAACAACCAGUUCUUCUGUGGACUUUCCAUCCCAGAGCCUCCAGAGAUGGAACCUUUGGAACUAAAAUAUCCAAAUGUCUCACAUCAAACCCUGAGCCUCAUGAAGUCCUGUCUGAGAAUGGACCCGUCUGAGCGGCUGACCUGUGAACAGCUCCUGCGGCACCCUUAUUUCCACAGUAUGAGAGAAAAAAGCGAGAGCACAUCUCGUGAGCAGGAUCCGCCCAACUACAAGAGAACACGUUUACCUCGGAGACACCAUCUAAAAUUAUAUUUUAUUUCUCUCCAGUAUUUGCCCCAGCUGACCAGCAGCAGCAUCUUUCCAGCUCUGGACAGUAAAAAGUACUACAACAACCUGCGCAAGUUCAACUAUCACCUCCCGAACAUCUAAAUGAUCCUGAUCAGAAAUGAAGAUGGACGCCUGCAUUUUCUGAACCACUCAGGAAAUAAAGCAAGAGUCUUAUAGACUGUAGUUUCCUAACGUAAAAAACCGGAUCCACAACUUUUUACCACGUUUUGUUCCUCAUGAGGCAUACUGGGUGUCUCUUACUUAUUCUAUGCACUAAACCCAGCGUGUACUGUUGGAUGUGUCGGUUUAUGUAUGUUUUGCCAGCUUUUUAAGCUGAUAUUUUAAGACAAAGAGGAGCAUCAUGCUGUUUUGCUUGUUGUUAGGGUUGACUGAGGGUAAAACUAUAAUGGACUGCCUAUGCCCCGUUUGCCAAAUGUUUUUUUUUUUUUUAUAUAUAAUACGAUGGACUUUAUUAAAAAGUGACAUUUUUUUGGUAGCAACUGUAAUCUCUUAGUCAGUUAUAAUGUAGGAUAAAAACUUUAAUCAGUUCUAAAAAAAUAUUUAUUGACGUCAGUGAAUACAGCUGCAAGUGUUCCUGCUACUAGCGUUCAUUAGUUUUCGUACUCAUCUUCUGUAUCCCUGGAACUUUCGUGCUAUGGAGGAUUUCAGCAAAAUGCCAAAGUAUUCUAAAUAAGAAAUUAAAAAUAGCUAAAAAAUUGCAGGAUAACCUUAAAUAAACUUGGAAAUGUCAGUGAAAA